AUGUUCCCUUUACAGAAAUGCGAAGACAAGUGCUUCCAGAUUUCGUUUAAUCCUCACCAACACAUAAUCCCUGAAGAUCUCAUCUUUGGGCCUCAAGUGUCAGUGGAAGCUCAUGAUGAUAGUAACAACAACAAUAAUAAUGGUGUCAACAAUUUGGGAACUCGUGGAAGAAGGAAGCUGCUUCAGAAUUUGGAUCAUGGCGUUUCGGAUCAAGAUCAUCAAAUCAAGUUGAUGCAUCGAGAAAGGGAGAGGCAAAGAAGACAAGAAAUGGGUGCUCUUUAUAUGUCUCUAAGAACCCUACUUCCUCUUGAAUUUAUCAAGGGGAAAAGGGCGAUAUCGGAUCAAAUGAAUGGGGCGGUGAAUUAUAUAAAGUAUCAGAAGAAGAAAAUCAAAGAGUUUGAAGCUAAAAGAGAUGAAUUGAAGAAGCUGUAUAAUAGUUCAAAUGACUUAGAAAUAUCAAGAGGACAGACUCCAAUUUGCAGCUUCAAAGUUAGCUCCUUUGAUGGAGGACUUGAAAUCUUGAUCAUAACAAAUGAUUUCCAUGGAUUUCCCCUUUCAAGAAUCUUGAAAGUAAUUGUUGAUCAAGGGUUGGAUGUCGUCCGCUGUGGUUCGACCACGAUGAACGACAAAUCAAUGCACACCAUUCAAAUGGAGGUUAGUGAUUCAACCACCCUUGAUCUCAGUCAGCUUGGAAAGAAGCUUACAGAAGCAGUGCCACAGCUGAAACAAGUAACAGAUUAACAUUAAUUACUUGUUGUCUAUGAUUAAUUAGGCUUUACUUUUUCCCUUUUUUUUUUUUUU